AUGAUCACCCUCAGCGCGUCUCCAGUAACUCAAGUGAUGUGUGUUGAUGUUGAAAGCAUCUGCACGCCUAUUCACAAUACCUGUGGACUUUUCAUGAAAGACAUUGCUCUGGUAAAGCUGGCACAGAGAGUAAACUUUACAAAACACAUUCAGCCAAUUUGUCUUCCGUCUAAUUGCAGCGAUCUUCCUGCAGACACUCCCUUCUAUGCUACGGGAUGGGGCAAGAUUGACUAUUAUUACGAAUUCGAUGAUGAUUAUAAUGAAUAUGAUAAUGGUGCCAGAGAAAGCAUGAAGGAAGCUGAUUUUGACCGAGCCAUGAACGACCAAUCAACUAAACUAUCAAGCAGCAGUUCACAGGCUGUCCGAAAAGGAGUUCUCAUAUUAGACAGCACAAACCGGUUAAUGCAACGAGAAAUCGAUCUCAUUGAUCAGGAUGAAUGCACAAAGCAAAUGGGAAGGAAAGUUCCUGGCUAUAUCGUUUGCUCAAACGGUGGAGCGUGCCAUGGAGACAGCGGAGGACCUUUGAUGUACGAAGAUAAAGGACAAUGGUUUCUUGGUGGCGUUAUAUCCGACGGGCCAGACGACUGCCUUCAACCGGAGCGACCUUUGCUUUUCGUAAAGGUUUCGCACUUCGUGCAAUCCCUUAUUUCGCCUGCAUUGUCUUCUUCAAGCCAGUUUGACAAAAACGCGACGUGUGCAACCGAGGAGGCUCGUAAAGAUUGUGUAAGAAAGUUUUAUCAGUUCUACAACAACACCUUCUAA